AUGAGUUCACCAAAACUCAAUGAAAGAUGCUCGAGCAGCAUGAGCAACGGUAAAAAACAUCUCAGCACUGAAUCGAAAGAAGAUUCUCUAGAUAAUUCAGUAAGGGAAUCGAUAAAAUCUGAAAGAGCCGGGGGCAAGUCAGAGGAAGAUUGUAGACGUCGUACGAUAAUUGUCGAAAAGAAGAAUGGCAGUUAUGGGUUUACGUUACAAAGCUACGGCAUUCACUAUAAAAAAGAACAAGAAAUAGAAGUAAUAACCUACGUGGACCACGUGGAGGCAGAUGGUCCGGCGGCUGCAGCGGGAAUGCGUGAAGGAGACGUGAUUCUUUCUAUCAAUGGCACUGACGUAGAGCGCGCUGAUCAUGCCACUAUCGUUGGUGCCAUUAAUGCAUGUGACUCCCGAAUGCGGAUCGUGGUAAUUUUUGAAGACUGUGUGAGAAAAGUAGAACUGCAUCUUAAGUACAUCAAUAUUCAACGAACUUUACAGACAAAAAUGCGAGAGCUAGAGCAACUCUCCGUACGAGAAAGACAUGUCUUCGAUUCAAACUGGAAAACGCACAGUUUACCUUCUCAAAAAAAGAAAUCAUCACCAUCGGAAAUUAUUUCAGAUAGCGAAGAAACGAAUGUCACAGAUAAUAUUAACAGUGCUUAUUGCCGGCCUACUCUGUCUAGUGAAAAUGUAACUGCUGCUAAACCACCGCAGCCUAAUGUAUUUAUGUACCAAUACUUAGAUCCAAGAUAUGGCGCAUGUAUUAUUCAACCCAAUUUGCGCACAGGUGGAUUUGUUAUAACAGUAGGUUCGCCUAGAAACAGACGCGAUUGUCAUCAUUACAUUCUUAAGGCUUCCACUGAAUGCCACCGAGUUUCUGAAGUUUAUAAGCCAGCUAAUGGAAAACAUACAAAAACCCAUAGGAAUAGCCAUAGUCAUGGGUGUGCACCAUGCAUGCCCACUUAUAAUAAUCAAGAUGCAAAUAGUCUUGAGGCUUAUGAUCUGGCUAGCCCAUGUUGUGAUCCACAUUGUGUGCCAAAUUCCAGAAAAAAGGUACGUCGUAAAAAAGAAUGUUCCAAAGAACAUAAAAGAAAAGAGAAGUGCCAUCAAGUUGAUAAAUCGACACAAAAACCGGAUGCUUGCACACAUCCUCAUAGCAAGAAGAUUUGUAACUCCGGGCACUGCUCGAGUCGAUAUCGAUACCUCACUACAGAGUCAACGCAGACGAGCCAAUGUAGUCUGCAGUCCUAUGCUACGAGCAAUGCCACAGUACCAUGCGACAAUUCUGCCUCGAGUUACAGCACCUCUCUAAGUAGCGACACACUUUUCUGGGAUAACGACCGUUCCGAAGCUAAGUCAUCCCCAAAGAUUCAAUAUCAAAGUUCACAUCAACACGUUAAACCAAAGUCAUGGGACAAUUUAACAACAAAAGCAAUUGGUGGCUACGGUUUUGGUUAUGGUUACUUAGAUACCACUGUCAAGAAUACUAAUAGAUCUAAAAGUCAUGGACGCAGCCACGGCGGCCGCAGCGCCCAAACCAAUCACGAUUCGUAUCAACAUCACACACAAGAGAAACACACACAUAGACAGAAUGGAACACCCCACCAUUACUCUGUUUAUGGAAGAAAUCACAGUCAUUGUCCCCCCACAAAAUCUACAGAAAGUUUGGUCGUUGUGCCCAAAUAUCAAUUAGAAAGCAGUGGUUCAGAGACUAGAUUGGCUUGCGAUUGUGGAGAUUCAAUAGAGUACUAUCGGCGCGUAGGUCCCACCAAAAGCCCUGCUGAAACUCAUACUAAUUAUUAUUCUCAACGAUUUGUAUAUCCUACUCAUUCGUAUAAAAAAAAAGACGUAAACGUUAGCUCAGAAAUAACUAGAUUG